CACACACAAGUACUACUCUAUGGAUUAUCCAAGCUGCUUCAUGUGGUUAUUGUCUCUCUUUAUAAUAUCUAUCUAUGUUUUCGUUAUCUCCGGCCGUCGUAACUCUCGGCUUCCACCGGGUCCUUAUCCAUUUCCGGUCAUCGGGAACCUGUUACAGCUAGGCAACAAACCCCAUCGUUCACUUGCCACACUUUCCAAACGUUAUGGUCCAAUAAUGUCACUUAAGCUUGGAAGUAAAACAGCCAUAGUUGUUUCAUCACCUGAUAUGGCAAAAGAGUUAUUUCAAACAAAUGACCUUUUAUUUUCUAGCCGAUCUGUUCCCAACACUCUACGGUUGAUGGACCGCCAUAAAUACUCUAUGGUCUUUCUGCCAGCUGGAGAACAAUGGCGAAGACUGCGAAGAAUAACGAGAGAAUAUUUGUUUUCUGGACAAUGUUUAGAUGCUACGCAACAACUACGUAUGGAAAAGGUGCAUGAGCUUCUAGAUCAUGUUAGUCAAUGUUGUAUAAAUGAAAAGGCUGUGAACAUAGGUGGAGCUGCAUUUACCACAACUAUUAACAUUUUAUCCAACUUGAUCUUCUCUAUGGAUUUAUGUCAAUACGUUUCCUCGGAAACUCAAGAAUUUAAGGACGCGGUUUGGGGUGUGAUGGAAGUUGGUGGAAAGCCGAACUUGGUAGACUAUUUUCCUAUCCUUGAACCCUUAGAUCCACAAGGCUUAAGAAGACAAGGACAUGUUUACUUUCAAAAGUUAUAUGGUAUUUUUGACAGGAUCAUCGAUCAACGAUUGGAAACUAGAGCGAGUUCAUCGGCGUAUGAAUCUGGUAAAUCAACAAAAAGCGAUGUUUUGGAUCUGCUGCUUAACCUUAUCAACGUCAAAGAUGAAUCAAAUUUUAGUCGAACUGGCCUAACACAUUUAUUGGGGGAUUUGUUUAUUGCCGGAGUUGAUACAACAUCAACCACGUUCGAAUGGGCUAUGACAGAGCUCAUUCGAAACCCCAAGAAAAUGGAGACGGCCCGGUUAGAGAUUACAAAACUUAUGCAAGGCAGCAACAAACUUAUACAAGAAGAAGAUAUGUCUCAACUCCCUUACUUACAAGCUAUAACAAAAGAAACUCUCCGACUAUAUCCUCCCGCUCCCUUUCUUGUUCCUCACGAAGCCAUACAUGAUGUGGAAGUUAAAGGCUUUGUUGUGCCCAAAAAUGCACAAAUUCUUUGUAACGUUUGGGCGAUUGGACGAGAUCCAAACAUUUGGUCAGACCCGGAAACAUUUAUGCCAGAGAGGUUUUUGGAAUCCGAGAUAGACUAUAGAGGCCAAAAUUUUGAGCUUAUUCCAUUUGGUAGCGGGAGGAGAAUAUGUCCGGGAUUGAAUAUUGCACACAGGAUGUUACAUGUAAUGUUGGGUUCGUUGAUUCAAAAGUUUGAUUGGAAGCUUGAAGGAGAUAUGAGAGUUGAAGAUAUGAAUAUGGAAGAGAAGUUUGGGCUCACAUGUCCAAGAAAUGUACCCCUAAUGGCCGUUCCAAUCAAACUUUGAUUGGUUUUCAUAUCAUAUUCACUUGUUCAAUUAGAAUGUACUUGCCUAAAAUUAUUUAUUUGAGUUGGGUGAUUAAUGUAUUUGUGGAAUUUAAACUA